AAAAAAGAUUCUUCCAUUGCACACCUCUUCUGGCCUCGACCGUUUUAAUUGUAACGCACGCACACACACACACAGACACUUGCUUCUUUUCGCUUCAUUUUUUCAGUUGCAGCGGUGCCCAUUCUCUCAAUUUCGCUGAAAACAUCUAUGCACACAGAAAACUUUGGGGAGAAAAACACGCAUCGAAACAGAGGAAAAAAACAUGUUUUACUCUCAGUUGCUGCUCUCGAAGAAGGGGGCCUUGGGCAUUGUUUGGAUGGCUGCUCAUUGCCACAAAAGGCUGAAAAAAGACCAAGUCCAGCAGACCGACAUUUCUUCUUCCGUGGAUAAGAUUCUAAAUGAUGAAGUUCCUGUGGUCACACAUAGAAUCCUAGCCUUCCUUCUUCUGGGUGUUGUCAGGAUUUACUCGAAGAAAGUUGAGUAUCUGUAUAAUGAUUGUCAUGAAGUACUGAACACACUAUGUGGGUUUAAGACUGGAAAAAGUGCACGAGGAGGUGGUGGAGUUUCUUUGAGACGUUACCACUCUAUCACUUUGCCGAAGAGAUUUGAACUUGAUGCAUUUGAUCUGGAACUGUUGGAAGGUCAAGGUUUAGUGGGUGGAAAAGUGAGAUCGCAUAAAAAGGUCAUGCAUGCAGGUGGUCACCGAGAAGACGGUAGCACAUCUGACGUGCGAUACAAGGAGAAUAUGCCAACUGAAGCUCAAUCAACAGCUCAUACACCACCAAGAGAUGUGCUCUCACCUCACCAUAUGGAUCAGGACUUGUUCGUGAACCAGUUCAGUGAUAUGAACAUUACUUUAGGUGGCCAGGGAAUACUUCAUAGAACCAGUUUUUCUUUAGAGGAUCGUCUGGAUCCUAUGGUGUUGGAUGAGGCUGAAGAAGAAGAAAUGCACAAUAAGCCAUCUAACAACAACCUGUGGAGUAAUUUUCAAGGGCCAAGUAAUGAAUUGGUGCCAGAUUCUGUUGCAUGUCUGCCAAAUCAUAGAAGUCACCCGGUACCAAGUUUAGAGAUGCUUCGUGGAACCAGUUUUUCUCUAGAAGAUCGUCUGGAGCCUAUGGUGUUGGAUGAAGCUGAAAAAGACCAGAUGAAUGAUAGGCCGUCUGAUGACAGUAGAAGGACUAAUAUCCAGGGGCUAAUUCAAGAUGUGGAGUUUGAUUCUGUUGCAAAUCCAUCCCCUCGAGGAAGUGAUUCAGUAGCAAGUUUGGGGAUAACUCGUAAAAGUGGUUCCACCUUAGAGCAUACACCCAAUUUCAAGGCGUUGAGUGAGACUGAAAAGGGACAUGGCCAUGAUGAGCCAUCUGACGAAGAGCACGGAGUUGAAGAAGAGCACAUGGAGUACCCAAGGACUAGGUUGAAUUUUCAAGAGGAUGAACCCCAUAACUUGGGUGGAUCAGUUGAUAAAGAGCUGCCCGUGGGUGCGGAAAAGGUGAAAUUUCUGGAGGUGAUUACCCCAGAAAGUGGAAAAUGGCAGAGAACGGAAGACGUGCCUAUACCCAUUGUCACUCCAGACCCAAAGCUUCCAGCUGCGCACCUUGGUACCACAGAGGUCGCAAAUGUUCAGACUCCUGCCACUAAGGAGCGCAAAAAGAUUCUGAAGAAGCGGAGGACUUUGGUUGACUCGAACACAAUUGUGCCAAACAAGGUAUUCAAAAAGUGGCUUGAAGAUCCAAGUGACUUGAAACGUGAACGAAGGAAAGUUCCUCAUACUUGUUUACAUGCCUGGAGAACUGGCAAACUUAGCCAUUGCCCUCAGAGUUUCUUUGAGCCACUGAUUUCUGGUAUAUCAAUAGAUUUUGGUUGUCUUGAAUGCAAAAUGAGUUGUACGGCAGCAAUUAAACCUGUGGACUUAUCUGCUGGCCAAGAUGAUGUCAAAUCUCCUGUUACACACGGGGUUCAUGAACAAAUUCCAGACGUUAGAUCUCCUGUUACACAGAUGUCCCCAGAACAAACUGCAAUUGCUCCUGGAACACCUGUAACUCAUUUGAACUCAUUGAGGUCACAUGAGCCCAGUGCAGUUGCUGAUUCCGACAUCGUCGAACAGACUGCCUCAUUUGAAAGCGUAGAGAUGUUUCCAUCUUCAAGUGAAGGAGUAGAAUUGGAUGCUGUGUUCCGGGAGGAGUCAAAUUCACUCGACGGAGAUAGCGUGGAAAAAGAUGUGUAUACUUCAAGAACAAGAAUGACUGAGAACUACCUAAGUAGGAAGUUCCAGGAUAAAAAGAGACAGAACGAGGAAGAUGUAUUGAACUUGUCGCAGUUAUUGGAAGGAAAAACAAAGAAACAAAGCGCAAGGCUAUUCUAUGAAUUACUGGUUCUGAAAUCGCGGGGCUCGGUAGAUGUGCAGCAGGAGAGUGCCUAUGACGAUAUCCUUGUAAGGCAGACUUCCAAACUGAAGGACGCAUCUCAAUGGAAUGUAGAGAAGUAGUUUUAAAAGUGUAAAUCUUGCACUUACAUGAGGGGUAUAGAAAUGGUAUAGUUGAACCUUUGGUUAUAGCCGAUAGGGCAUAUUUAUACUUUUGUGUUUCAGGAAAUAGAAAUCUCUGGUCCUGUAAAUGUGUACCUAUUUAACACCUACUGUAAAGCUCUCUUUUGUAAUUGUUUUCGGAGUAGAUGCAAAUUAUGUACCCUUCGCACAAUUAACUUUAUCAAAGAAGUG